AACAUAUGACACAAAGGAGGGGGAGAGAAAGAGAGGAAAAUAGAUCAGGGACAGAGGGAGAGGGAGAGUGAGGCUGCAUAUAUCGAUGGCAUCAACAAUGGAGCAGUAGGAUCCACAGAGGUGAUAGCCCGCCUGACAGCGGCUGGGGGGGGUUCAGAUACUGUAUUUGAAGAGGAGGAGGGGGGGUGCUCCUUUUUGGUGAGCACAGAGAGAGGAGGAGGAGGAGGAAGAGGGAGGAAGAGGCGGAGGAGGAUGGGCCUGGAAGACAGACUUGCGAUGGCACUGCAAAUAUUGGAUUGAAAGCAGUAUGCUGGACAAGAGUGAGGUGGCAACUCUAGGCCUACCUUCGACCACCAGCCAUGGCGGCUCUGACAGCAACAUCAGUUCGGACGGAGCGGCGGCGGCGGUGGCGGCGGCGGCAGGCGGGGUUGCAGGAGCGGAGGGUUUGGGGACCGGUGAGCCGCAGCGGACYCGCGCAGCCCUGGAGCACCUGCAGCAGAAGAUCCUGAAGGUCACAGAGCAGAUCCGUGUGGAGCAAGAGGCCCGGGACGACAAUGUGGCCGAGUACCUGAAGUUGGCCCACAACGCAGACAAACAGCAGGCGUCCAGGAUCAAGCAGGUGUUCGAGAAGAAGAACCAGAAGUCCGCACAGACCAUCGCACACUUACACAAGAAACUAGAGCACUAUCACAAGAAGCUGAAGGAGAUCGAGCAGAAUGGACCGGCCCGACAACCCAAGGAUGUCCUGCGGGACAUGCAGCAGGGGUUAAAGGACGUGGGAGCCAACGUUCGUGCCGGGAUCAGCGGUUUCGGAGGCGGAGUGGUGGAAGGGGUCAAAGGUGGCGUGUCGGCCCUCACUCACACAGCCGUGGUCUCGAAGCCGAGGGAGUUCGCCAGCCUGAUCCGAAACAAGUUCGGCAGCGCGGAUAACAUCGCCCACCUAAAGGACACUCUCGAGGACGGGGUCGGGGGCCACUCUGAGGACACCCCCACGCCCCGGGCUCUGAGUGGGAGCGCCACCUUGGUGUCCAGCCCCAAGUACGGCAGCGACGACGAGUGCUCCAGCGCGACGUCCGGCUCCGGCGUGGGCAGCAACUCGGGUGGGGCCGGUGGGGUGGGGGGACUGUUAGGGCCGACGAUGGGGAGCCCCCGACUGGACGGGCACCACCAUCACCACCAUCACAUGCCCAGCUCGUGGGACUCCCUGCUGGAGGGCCUGCAGGAGAUCAAAGCCGGCCAAACGCAAAUGGAGGACAGCAUUGAGGACAUGAAGGGCCAGCUGCAGAGCGACUACUCCUACAUGACGCAGUGUCUGCAGGAGGAGAGAUACAGGUACGAGAGACUUGAGGAGCAGCUGAACGACCUGACAGAGCUGCACCAGAACGAGAUGACCAAUUUAAAACAGGAGCUGGCCAGCAUGGAGGAAAAAGUCGCCUACCAGUCGUACGAGAGAGCAAGGGACAUUCAGGAAGCCGUGGAGUCGUGUUUGACCCGCAUCACCAAACUGGAGCUUCAGCAGCAGCAGCAGCAGGUGGUUCAGCUGGAGGGGGUGGAGAACGCCAACGCUCGAGCCCUCCUGGGGAAGCUCAUCAACGUCAUCCUGGCCCUCAUGGCCGUGCUCCUGGUUUUCGUCUCCACCCUGGCCAACUUCAUCACGCCGCUGAUGAAGACCCGAGCCCGGGUCGGGGCCACGGUGCUGCUGACCCUGCUCCUCUUCAUCCUGUGGAAGCACUGGGACUUUGUGGAGCCGUGGUUACUGCCCAGUUGAAUCAUCAGCACUGAAGGACCAAACUGAAGCAGGGUAAAACCUGGGCGUACUUGGUCCCUAAACAUGGACUGAAUCUCCUUUAAAAAAGGCGUUUCCACAACAAAACUGAACUUGUCUGCUUGCCUAUAAACAAAACAAAACAWAAAAACAUCACUUCAUCUCAUCCAAAUCUUCUGAUGUGGAGGACAAAUCUACUGCAUUGCUAUCACCAAAAACAAAAAAAAAYGAGAAUUUCUUGCAACAAAUCCUUGUUUUUCUAAUUAUUUAUGAUACUAAAGCAACUUCAGAUGACUGUAGAACACUAAUCAAGCUUGCUAUUAUCUUCAUGUUGAAGCUAUAGCUUAUUCAAGCAGAAGUGUUUGUUUUUCCCAUGAAUGUCGUGCUCAUGCAUGUCUUCAUAUUUGCACUGAGAUGCAUCCAGCUGGCAUGAGUUAACAUUUCAUUAAUGACAAAAAACAGAAGAAUCUUCAGAAGUUUUUUUUUUUAAAUAAGGAAACAACAACAGCAAAAAAAAAAAAAAAAAAAAGUGAAGAUAUGUUGUAUCCCUACUUUGUGUCACUCCUGCUUUUCAUCACAUCCUGUUCUGGUGUACUUCUAGGCUUUUUUCUUUUAAUUUACUUGAAACAGAAACGUGUAAAAUCUCACAAAGGAAAUAAGUUGUUCGUUCUGUCCAGAUGUUUCAGAACCCUUACUUUUAGAACUCACAAACACGUCAGGCAUGUCGAAGUCCAUAUCCAGUUUGCAAAAACAAUUAUUGCUGUUUUAUUAAAACCAUGUAAGAAAUAAAUGAUUUCAUAUAUUACAGCAA